UACAGAGCAGCAUUUAUAAGGAGUCAGGGAUGGAGAUCUGCAUUCACAGACUCAGAAUUGUCCAAGAUGAUGUCCCUGUGUCUUCUGCCUGUUAUGGAGAUGCUGACAGCGGUCUGGAGGAAUAUGACAUUCCUGCUGCAUUGCAUGAAGAUGCUCUCAUCCUGGUGCUGGCUGGAGAUUUUUGGGACAAGGAAGGUUUCUUCCCUGAAAUUAAAGGCACCCCAAGAUCCUGGUCGAGUAAAGCCCAUCAGUGUGAACUAUCACUUCACCAGGCAGUGCAAUUAUAAAUGUGGCUUCUGCUUCCACACUGCAAAGACUUCUUUUGUGUUACCCAUAGAAGAAGCCAAGAAAGGACUGGCCAUGCUAAAAGAUGCAGGCAUGGAGAAAAUAAAUUUUUCAGGAGGUGAACCAUUUCUGCAAGAUAGAGGAAAUUUUGUGGGGAAACUGGUUGAGUACUGCAAAAAGGAGCUGAAGUUGCCCAGUGUCAGCAUUGUGAGCAAUGGCAGCCUGAUCACCGAGAAAUGGUUUAAAAGUUAUGGAGAACUUCUGGAUAUCCUCGCCGUGUCCUGCGACAGUUUCAAUGAAGACGUCAACAAGCUCAUCGGCCGAGGACAAGGGAAGAAAAACCACGUGGAAAAACUGAUGAAGAUCAGGCAGUGGUGCUGCGACUACAACGUGGCCUUCAAGAUAAAUUCUGUCAUCACCAGUUACAAUGUGGACGAGGACAUGAGAAACGAAAUCGCCAUGAUCAGUCCAAUACGCUGGAAGGUGUUUCAGUGUCUCAUUAUUGGAGGUGAGAAUUCUGGAGAAGAAGCCUUGAGACAGGCUGAGAAGUUUGUCAUCACCAAUGAAGAGUUUAAAGGUUUUCUGGAUCGUCAUAAGGAUAUUAAAUGCUUAGUUCCAGAAUCCAACCAACAGAUGCGGGAUUCAUACCUCAUUUUGGAUGAAUAUAUGCGCUUCCUUGACUGCAGAAACGGCCGCAAAGAUCCAUCAAAGUCAGUCUUGGACGUUGGGGUCGAAAAUGCCAUAAAGUUUAGCGGCUUUGACGAGAAGAUGUUUUUUAAAAGAGGAGGAAAAUACGUGUGGAGCAAGGCGGAUCUGAAGCUGGACUGGUGAACAGCCCUCAGUGUCUUCUCAUUAUGGCAGCUGUGACUUAUAGGAUCUGCAGCGGGCUUGACCGCGGCUGAGGGUUCCUGUUUGUGGUGAUGGUAUAAAUAUUUUGUCGUGACGCCAGUUACAGUGAAGUAACAAGGGCACAGUGCCCCUUUUAUUGAUGUGGUGGUACCCAGAUGUAGGAAUGCCAGAGUGGUGUAGGGUGGCCUACAAUGUCCGUUAAUGUCUUGUGCCUGUGUCACAGUGCUCCUACCUGGAUACGCUGGAUCCUGGGAGGCUUUCUGUGGUCUGGUCUGUCUUUAGCUUUGUCCAGGGAACAUUACUCCUGGUCUCUGAGGCUUUAGGCUUUGGCCUCCUUACCCAUCAGAGCUGGAGGUGCUCAAGCUUGUGUAGAUAGGGCCCGUCCAGCAGGGACUAGCUCCUGCUUCCUUCCCCAAGCAGGAGGAAACUGCAACUCCACGCCUUACUAUCUAAACUCCUCCCUAGAGGGAGAGAAGAGAAUGGAAAGAAGGUUCCAUCCUCUGCAAGUGUAGUUCUGCCAUGCCUGCUGCCACCUACUGGGGAACCAGGUAAAUUACAUGAACAUUAACAGUUGCAAAGAAAUAGAUAUACACAUGAUGCAGGACCUUGAAAUAAAUACAUAGGAUGACGUCAGGUUAACCAUAGGAGAUAGUAGUGAGGUGCAGAAGUGGUGAUGUCACUCUGGGGCAUUACAGAUCGUCCUGUUAUCUAGAACAGUAUUUCUUCACAUUACUAUACCUGGAACCCACUACUAGAAUAAACUACAUGCAAGUACACUGAAGGCUAUGGUUGUACAAUAGUGCACAGCAUGAGGUCAGUAUGAGUAUGCUCCAGAAGACAUGAGACAUAGCAUGUACAGUACCUCUGAAAACCAAGGAUCUAGAAAAACUGCACUCCAAUCUUAUGAUAAUCUCUCACCAAAGAGUUGAAGUUACCAUAUUUUCCAUCUCUUAUGGAGGUUUGUCUAUGAACAAGAACUCUAAACAAGGUCAACAUCCAUGAACUUAAAGAAUAAUGAAUAUUAUGCUCCUCAAAGUGAAGAUUUUAACAGACUAUAGCAACAAUACAAUCUCAACGUUAAUGGAACAUAUUUAUUGUAAAAGACAUUAACUUAAUCUGACGUGUCAUAUAUUAUAAAUGAUGUUCAUGUCAAGUGAUUAUCUCAUCGAUUCUGCCCUUUUAUCAUGAAUGGUCACUCAAAUGGACGUCCAGUGUUAUUCGUUUUGAGUGAGGCAUGGCUACCAGCUUCAUUUGAAAUGUUCUAUUUAGUGCAUAGUAAUAGUUUAAAUAGAAUAAACCCUCUAAUAGCGACACAUAAUGACUGUUUGCUGAUGGUUUCCAGGUAGCAAUAGGAUAUUCUUUCCAGCCUUGCACAGAGGAAAGAUAUAUAUUGUAACAAAUGUCAGUUUUUUUUAUAGAAAUUAUAUAUGAUGGAUAAUGAAAUUAUAUUUUUAAGAUAAAUGUGCAGAGUUUCUAUUUUUAGUACUUCAGCUUUAUCAUAAUGAAUUAUUUGUUUAAUAUGAUUGCGUUCCUCGUCUUGCACUUAAUGCUUAUGAGUUUACAUAUUUUUGUAUUGUUUUGGCGUUAUGCAGAAUAAAAUCCUGAUGUUUUCA